GGGAAUAUAUACAUAAUAUGAAAUAUUCAAAUUUAAAAUAAAAACCUAACUUCACAAUGUGUUUUUGUGUUGUUAUGAAAUGCAUACAACGUGUACAGUAAAACAACUUAUGCGUGUGUGAUAGAAGUCACAGGGGGAGUAGCCAAAACAAAGGCACAUCACUGAUUUAAUUAUUAUUGAUAGAUAAUUAAUUUAGCUGUUUUCAGGCUUGCAUACCUUCUCCCCGUGCGCAUCCUCAGCAUCCUCGGUGUUGCACAGCAUCCCGGAAGUGGAGCAGCAUCUAUCCCUCCAGGAGGAGACGCAUCGUCGUCAGAGCUUUGACAACUGCGAGGACAGUGACUGAAACACCGGCCUGUCCGGCACAAAGUCACUGUUUUUUUGCAAGUGGACUUCACAUGAAAAGGGACAAAUGAAGUGACCGACAGGAGACAAUGUCAUCCUUCCAGGUGGUGGACUCGUCGCCAGGCAGCAGCGUCAGCGUCAUGGAAACGUCCAACUUUGCCCACGUCAUCUUCCAGAAUGUGGGGAAAAGUUUCCUGCCGCAGGCGCCCCUGGAGUGUCGCUACACCCUGACCCCGUUCAUCACACCCCACCCCAAAGACUGGGUGGGCAUCUUCAAGGUGGGUUGGAGCACAGCCAGGGAUUACUACACCUUCCUUUGGUCUCCUUUGCCUGAAAACUCCGAACCAGGAAGUACUGUUCACAGGACUGUGGUGUUUCAAGGUUAUUAUGUACCUAAAUCUGAUGGAGAGUUCUACCAGUUCUGUUAUGUUACACAUGUUGGUGACAUCAGAGGAGCCAGUACACCCUUCCAGUUCAGGUCAGCCACACCCACCGAAGAGUUGCUGACUGUUACCGAGGACGACAGCAACUCUGACAUACUGGUCGUCACCACAAAGACUGGCCUGAUGGAGCGAGUAGAGGAGGCGCAGCAUGAGCGCAGGGAGCUGCUGAAGGCCAUGCGGGUCCUACAGGAGGAGAAACAACAGCUGCAGGAGGAGCAGAAACGACUGGCCAGGGAGCGGGAGCAGGAGAGGGAGACCUGCAGCCUACUGCGAACACACAACCAGGAGCUGCUGCGCUCGUCGCAGGGCCUAUCAGAGGAGAGGGAAGAGGUGAGGAGGAGGCUGACGGAGGCCACGGACCGGGUCCGCCAGCUGGAGGAGGACCUGUUGGGAGUCACACAGAGAGGCCUGCAAAAGGAGACGGAGUUGGAUUGUCUGCGUGACCGUCUGAAGAAGCUGACAGCAGAGAGGGACAGUCUUGAGAGCCAGCUGAAGAAUGAGAAGGAUGAAAGGGACCUCUACAAGAAUCACCUGCGCAGCACCGAGCUGGAGAACACUAAGCUGAGUGCAGAGCUCCAGAUGUUGAAAGCAGUGGAGCUGAACCGGGAGGUGACCAUUGCCCAGUUCCAGGAGGAGCUGGAGAGGCUCAGAGCCUGUGUUGCCCAGCGGGACAGCUUAGAAAAAGAGCUGCUGGCGCAUAAGACCGACAAGGCAGAGUUGGCCCGUGUACGCGAACAGCUCCGUCAGGCCGAGGAGCAGCUGCAGGCAUCGCGGCAGCAGGCUUCCCUGCUGGCCUCAGAGCUCCGAGACGCCGCCAGCGCCCGCGACCACACCAUGACUGAGCUGUACCGCGCCCGCUUGGAGGCCGACAAGCUCCGCGCCAGCCUGGUCGAUGCACAGGCCGAGUGCCAGCGCAUGGAGAGCCAGUUAGAUCGCAUGAGGAGCACCGCACAGAAAGAAGUGGGUGUUGGCACCAGCGGGGAGGUGACAGCCAGUAUUAUGGUGGUGUCAGAGGCAGAGGCCGAGCUGCAGAGGGAGGUGGAGGAGCUGAAGCUGCGUCUUCACAUGGCCGCUGAACACUACAAAGAGAAAUACCGGGAGUGUCAGCGCCUCCGCAGGCAGGUCGCUAAGCUGAACACAACCGAGGCACAGGGGGAGCCAAAAAGAAAUGCAUCAACUGAGACGACGCAGGAGCCACUCACUCCAAGUCCAGAAUCACCCACAGCAGGGAACAUAGCUACGGCGGUUCUGCAAGAAGCAGCUGAGAUAACAAUCACCUCCGAGCUCUGCAUCCGGGAAUCUGCGUGCACUGACACACAUACCUGCACAGAAACAGACGACAGGCAGAUCGGGGGUCUGCAGAAGGAGAGGGCAGAGGCAGAGGUCGUGGCAGAAGGGAACCACAAUGAGGACAAUGACGAAGAGAAGAAAGAGGAAGAGGAAAAGAAGGAGAGCCUGCCAGAGGAGAGCCUGAGGAUGACGAGCUGGGUGGAGGUGGAGAACGAGAGGCUGAGCGCUGAGGUGGAAAGUGCAGUGAGGGUAGAGGAGGAGGAGGAUGAGGAGGAAGAGGAGGAGGAGAGGGAUGUUAUGAAGGAGCCGAUCCUGCUGGAGGUGGAGGGCAGGAGUAAGGCGGAGGCAGAGAAGGAACAGACGCGCUCCGUGGAGGAAGAGCUGGCGCUGAUGGAGGAGAAGUGGAGGGAGCAGUGCGCGAUCAACGAGACGCUCAAACAGCGGCUGGCCAAUGAGGAGGAGCGAUUCAGAGUGCAGAUGGCCGAGCGAGCCAAUGAGGUGACAGAGCUGAAAUGCAACCUCGCCCGGGCCCUCAGAGAUAAGGAGCAUCUACAGGAGGAGCUGCAGCGGUUCAGACAAAGGGAGCAGGAGGCAGGCGUUCAGGGUGCUGAGGUCAGGCAGCCAAUGGUGCUGCACUACCCUCUCCCCUACCCCCAGGACCCCUCCCCUCCACCACUGGUGCCACAGCGGCCUGCUGAGCUGCAGUUCGGCAAUCCCUACUCAACUGACAACUCAAACGACCAUGCGGAUGUUGCUCAGUCUCCUGAGGACAACUCCCGUCCACCGCCCGAAGCCCCGCCCUGCGCGCCACCAUGCGCGCCCCCAGUCACACUUCAAAAUCCUGACCCCGCCGCACCGGACUGGGACCGCGAGGUGGUCUGCAUCCAGCCGUCUCGCAACACCAGCCCCCCCGAGAAGCUGGAGCAUCCACCAGAGGAGCCAAGAAAUGGGGCAGAUGGAGCUCAGCCGUCCUGUGAUCAUCAGUCCGACAGACGCACUGAAGCCAGACGCAGCUUCUGCUUCGACUCCAGCAACGACGUACACAAGCGCUGCCCUCUAUGCGAGGUGAUCUUCCCUCCCCACUUUGAACAGCGCAGCUUUGAGCAGCACGUCGAGAGCCACUGGAAGAUCUGCCCCGUCUGCUCCGAGCAGUUCCCCCUCAACUGUCAGCAGCAGCUCUUCGAGCGGCACGUCCUCACGCACUUCGACGGCCACGUGCUCAACUUUUAGCAGAUCGAGUGAGGAGGGGGCGGGGGGGGGACAGUGUGGGUAUAAAUGUGUCCGCUCUUACGUAGUUUUAAAUGAGGUUUGGUUCCGUUCUCUUGUUGAUAUACAAUCAUUUGCACUUUUUUGGUUCUGGGGGGGGGGGGGGUGAAAAGAAUGUAGUUCACUUUUUGAAAGGGAGGACGGCGACUGCGAAGGGAAGGGAUCAUUAGGAGCAGCAGUGCCACGGCCCCUUUUACUUUUCUAUAAUUUCAUGCUCAUUUCGACUAAAGCACCACAGGAUGUGCAUGCGUUUAUUCUGUGCGUGCGCGUGUGUGUGUAACAAAUCAACACGACAAAACUGCAGACGUUCGAGCCAUGAGAGUGAAUUGUCGCAGGAGCUUUGAACCAUGGAUUUAAAAACCUCUUACGACCAUCACGAUAUCCAGGCCGUCUGGAUUUAUUUUGGACUUCAUGGCUGUAGAUAACUUCAACUUUCAGUAUCUGGCAGUUAUUCAACCGUUUAGGAAGUACGGUACUGAGAGGCGGAAGUCCUGAGGGCUACCGUAAUGACAAGUAUAUGGGUGCAAAUGUCUCUACUUCUCUGCUUUCCGGUAGUUUUCGGAUUUUCUAGAUAUCGCAAACGGUCUAGGAGUUACGGUAAUGACAAAAACACAGGCCUUGGUAACAGAGGGGUUAAAAGAAAAAUGUGUUCUUGUUAUUAUCGUACCCUCACUACCCGGGAUAUUUCUUUACAAUAAGUAGGAUUCUCUUGUAUAUAAAAGCUAAAAAAAAGUGCUUCAUCAUUUCUUUCUUUCCUGAAAAGAGGCAAGACAUUUUUUUUGUAGUGUAAAUGCAGACAGAGAUAUGAAUAUGUAAUGUCCUAAAGAGUCACCAGAGUGAGUAUAUUUAUCUGAUGAAGAGCGUUUCUACUUGGGAAGUGAUCUCCGAGUCCUCCCCGAGCUCCUGAACGAACGUAUGAUCGCGUCAAAGACGUCGACAAAACAACAACAACAAAAAAACAAAAACAGCACUAUGUUUCCAUGUAUCUGCACUAAAUAAGGCUUUAUUCUGAAUGUACUGUACAUAUAUAUGAAAGCAAGUGUGCAGCGACUCUCUCGCGAGUGCCUCGCUGUCGUGACGACCCAGCCUCCCCUCACUGUUACCGCCCUUAUGCUUAAGUGAUGAAACAGUGAAGGACCAAUGAUGUUUAACUUCCUGGUGUGCACUUUCCAGUCUUUGGUCGGUCCCUAUAAAGCUGGGCAUAUUGAGGGGAUAUUAUUGUAGACUGCAGGACACUUGAGUUACACUUUUUUUUCCUGUUGUUAUGUACUUCCACUACCCCCCCAAGUUGCAACUGUGAAAAGUCAUCUGUGUGCAGCGCCUCUGUGUCGGCCCUCAUGAGUGAAUGUCAUUUGUGUGUGUGUGUGUGUGCGUCUCUCACGGAGCCUCAUCAUCUUCAGUGCUUGUCUAUUUUUCUGUCAUUACAAAGGAAAACUGUCACAGUGUUUGAAUCAGGCUUUAAAAAUUGCACAUGCCCAGUAAUCACAAGGCAAAAGAGUGUGUCUGUGUGUGUGUGUGUCUGUGUGUGUGUGUGACGUGUCCGCUGCAGCCCUUUCACGUAAGAAUGUCCAGAUGGUUUUGAGUGUGUACUUCAGAGAUCUUUAUCAAUAAAGUAAGCUUGUCUAAAUGCAUUUCA